AUGCAAUUAAAUUAAUCUUGUCCGUAUCAAUAUAGUAGCACAAUAAAAAAAAAUCUCCUUACAAAAACAAAGCUUCACUUCAACUCCAGUAGCCCAUCAGUUCAUAGCAUAUAAGCAAACCAGAAAAAAAAACAAAAAUUUCAGCUCAACCUCUACUUCUAGACUAAUCUGCAUAUCCAAAUGGCUAACAAACCUAAACAACUGAAAAAACCCAUCAAAGAAACUAACCACAACAAAUCAGACAAACCACCGUCAUGGUUAGCCGUAAGAGGGCUUUUCCCCUGUAAGAAUCUUGAAACACAGCAGCUAAAGCAACAGAAUCAAGAACAAGGGUCGGAGGAAAUUAUUGGCAGCAAGAAAUGCAAGAAAAUAAAAUGUUCAGGUUCACUCUGCAGCAACACAAAGGUGAUGCACAGGCCAGAAGCAGCUUCACCUGAAAUCAACCGGAAAAGGGUCUCCGGUAACAACAAUGAGUCCUCAAGCAGAUCCAUGAAGGCUCCUUUAAAAGAAAUCAGUAAUGGGAAUAAUGUAUCGUCUACUAAUUCUUCAUUGUCGAAUUCAUCUUUUCUGAGCAGUAAUACUAGAGGAAUGCCGUUUAGGAGAUUAUCAGGGUGCUAUGAGUGUAGAAUGGUGGUUGAUCCUGUUCUUGGAUUUACUAGAGACCCUUCUUUGAGAACUAGCAUUUGUUCUUGUCCUCAAUGUGGUGAGAUCUUUGUCAAACCUGAGAAUUUAGAGGUUCAUCAGGCUGUUAGACAUGCAGUAUCUGAACUGGGCCCAGAGGAUUCAAGCAAGAACAUAGUGGAAAUAAUUUUCCAAUCAAGCUGGCUAAAGAAACAAGCACCAAUUUGCCAAAUAGACCGAAUCCUAAAAGUCCACAACACACAAAGAACCAUCUCCAAAUUUGAAGAAUACAGAGACUCCAUCAAAGCUAAAGCAACCAAAAAUCUCCCCAAAAAAUACCCUCGUUGCAUAGCCGACGGCAAUGAGCUUCUCAGAUUCUACUCCACAAGCUUCACCUGUUCACUAGGCCUAAAUGGUUCAUCCAAUCUCUGCAAUUCAAUUCCGCACUGUAAUGUAUGCAGAAUUAUCAAAAAUGGGUUUAAAGAAUCAUCUACAAAAAUUGUGAAUGAAAAUGGAAUUUUGACCACAGCAACGAGUGGAAAAGCUCAUGACAAGGCUGAAAUAGUAGAGGAGGGCAAAAAUGGAAAUAUUAAUGAUAAAAGGGCAAUGUUGGUAUGCAGAGUGAUAGCAGGCAGAGUGAAGAAGGGCAUGGAAGGUAAUUUGGAUGAGUUUGAGUAUGACUCAGUGGCUGGUGCUGUAGGAUUGUACUCUAAUUUGGAUGAGCUGUAUGUUUUUAAUCCUAAGGCUAUUUUGCCUUGCUUUGUUGUGAUCUAUAGUGGGUUUUAAACUAAGUUUUUUAAAUUUUGAUUAAUUGUACUUUUGGUACUAUCAGUUCAAUAAUUUUUGUUUGA